AUGUCUAGAGAACUGGAGCUUCACUUGCCAGUGCAGACUGCGUGGCAGAGACGUAAGGCGCUCCUUUGGAACCUGCGACAGAUUAUGGAGGCUUGUAAGACGCCAGAAGAGUCUCAGUCUAGGCGGUUCCUCGUGCAGCUGGACCAGUAUCACCUAGAGAGAGAAGGAGCGUUGCGCUGA